AUGUUGAGAUUGUUAGGAGUGAACACAUUUAAGAUUGGAAUUGGAAUCAGCUUUUCAUCAAACAAUGCUCUGCAUUUUGUGGAUUUCAAGAACCAAACAUGCUGUCAAAAAUUGCUUGAGUUGACCGGAAUAGCCUUCCGAGUUCCAACUGUGGAUGUUUCAGUUGUGGACCUCACUGCGAGGCUUGAGAAGGCAGCUACAUACCAGCAAAUCAAAGAUGCUAUCAAGGAGAAAUCUGAGGGCAAACUCAAGGGUAUUUUGGGGUUCACCGAAGACGAUGUGGUCUCCACUGACUUCAUAGGGGACAGCAGGAAAAGCAGCAGCAGCAGCAGCUGCCCAGCUCUUCGGCCUCCUCUCCAAUCUCCUCCAGCAGUUCUCCAGUCCUCGAUUUUUGCAUCUCGAACUUUGCUCGCAAGGCUGUUUUGGGAGAUGAUGAGCAGAAACUGGUUUAAUGAGAGAAGAAUAGUUUUGGCAUCGGAGAGAGAGGAUGACUUAUUGAGAGAGUUCAUGAAAAGGCAAAGAAUUGGACAUUAGUUAAGAAUUGUAGGCAAGUAAUCUUAUUGACACAUUUUUUUUUUGUUUUUCCUUUUUUAAAUGUUGUGACUGAGGAGGAUGAACCAGACACUUCUUGCUAUUUUUGGUCUCAAAGGUGGAUGAAUACUACAAGCGAAUGGUAAUAUUGACUGCCUUUUUACAAGUCUACAUUUCUUCAGGUUUAAGUUUUUCUUAUCUCUCUAAUGAUUUUGUAUUUAUUGUUGUAUAAACUAAACGUGCACUUCUUUGAUUGAUGAGCGUUGAAAGAGGGGCAAUCUCGAGUGAGCAACAAUCUCGAGGGCAGAAUUUACGCUAUUUUUGGUUUUAUCGUUGACAAACUUUGAAAAUAAUUGAUGUUGUAGAAACUUAUAUAGAUUUGGUUUGGUUUGAGAGGUAAACAUUUGAAGGUGUUUGUUAUUUAGAUUUUGAUCAAGAAUACUAUUUUCGUAUUGGCAUGGUGUGCUCCAAAGGGAGAACACCAUUUUGUUGUUCCUUUUAUUUGAAGUUGUGUUUAUAAUAAAGGAGAUCCCCU